CUGAGAAGUUUGUGCGUCUGUCAGAGGCGGGAGUCCCUAGCAGCCCAGGUGUCAGCGUCUGGAGUUGUAGGAUCACGGCAUAGCCAUGGAGUUCAGUUCCAAAGACCUGGCUUUACAGGCACAGAAGAAGAUACUCAGCCGCGUGGCCACCAAGUCGAUGGUCAACAUGUUCAUUGAUGAGACCAGCAGCGAAGUUCUAGAUGAGCUGUACAGGGUUUCCAAAGAGUACACAAAGAAUAAGACAGAGUCACAAAAAGUCAUCAAGGACUUGAUAAAGGUGGCGGUCAAAAUAGGUGUAUUGUAUCGACACAACCGUUUCAGCCCCGAGGAGCUUGUGUUGGCCAAUGAUUUCAAGAACAAGUUGCACAAUGGAGCCAUGACUGCCAUUAGCUUUUAUGAAGUGGAAUUCACUUUUGAGAAAGGAGUAUUGCCUCAGAUACUUAUGGAGUGUAAGAACUUACUUCUUCGUCUUGUGGAGAAACAUCUGACACCUAAAUCACUUGGGCGGAUCCAACAUGUUUUCAAUCACUUUGCAGAUCAAGAGAUGCUGACCCAGCUCUACAACCCAAAGGGGGAAUUACGACCCCAUCUGCAGAAAAUCUGCAAUGGAAUGAACAAACUGAUUGACGAAGGCAAAUUGUGAAGAGAUAUGUAAAUAAUGCAAUGAGGGAACAAAGGAAGUACGCGUGAGGUUUCUGGCCCAGUUAUGUGUGGACCUUGAGAGACAUUAAUGCUUCUUAAUGAAUUGAAGCUCCAUGCCAAAGGACACAUAGGCUGCAUUGCCAUAACAGCUGGGCUACUAUUGUACAGCAAGCCAUGGAUAUAAUAUUGCACAUUUUAACAGGCGUGCUAUUUUAUUUUUGUAUUCAGGCUGUUUAUAAAAGUUUAAAUUAAGAUAAAAUAUAUG